AUGUCUGUCGACACUCGAUAUAAAUUUUCUUUGGCGCGCAACGAUUCACGUAAUACUGAGCAAUCCAGGGCAUGGGAGACCUUGGAUAUUUGUAUUUUAAAUAAAUCAAGUGAUAUUUACAUAGAAAGGGGAAAGAAGCAGGGUAAUUAUUACCCUAG